GCAAAGAAGGUUCUCAAUGAAAACAAAAUGAGUCGCCUCAGGUCACUCACAUCCAAAUUAAAACCCUACGGCGUUGGUCUUCUGGUGAAGCAGACAACUGCCCCGAGGACCGUACUCUCAAGAUGUUGCGUUCAUUCUUCGGGAGGCAAAGAGCCGUUCUUAAGUGGCACCAAUUCCAGUUACGUGGAAGAAAUGUAUUACGCAUGGUUGGAGAAUCCGAAAAGUGUCCACAAGUCAUGGGAUGCGUUUUUUCGGAAUGCCGAGGCUGAGAUGCCGCUUGGUGGCACGAAUCACGUCGCUUCCUUGGUUGACAAAGAUAAUAAAACCUCGUGGACGCUUGGUCAGGGUCUUUCCAUGGCACCAGCCAAAGCGGAGAAGCUGGUGGAGGACCAUUUGGCUGUCCAGUCGUUGAUCAGAGCCUAUCAGAUCCGUGGCCAUCAUGUGGCUCAGCUGGACCCUCUGGGAAUCCUGGAUGCAGACUUGGACUCGUUCGUUCCGUCUGAUCUAAUAACAACACUUGAUAAACUGGGGUUUUACGGUUUGCACGAAGCAGAUCUGGAUAAGGUUUUCCGUUUGCCAACCACCACUUACGUUGGAGGUAAUGAAUCGGCCCUCUCGCUCCGAGAGAUCAUCAGGAGGCUGGAGGAUUCAUAUUGUCAGCACAUUGGGCUAGAAUUCAUGUUCAUCAAUGACGUCGAGCAGUGCCAGUGGAUCAGACAAAAAUUUGAGACUCCGGGUAUUAUGAAGUUCACAAACGAAGAGAAACGCACUCUCCUGGCGAGGCUAGUACGUUCCACCAGGUUUGAGGACUUCCUUGCACGCAAAUGGUCUUCGGAGAAAAGGUUUGGGUUGGAAGGCUGCGAGGUGAUGAUCCCAGCUUUAAAAGCAAUUAUCGACAAAUCCAGUGAGAUGGGAGUGGAGUAUGUGAUAAUGGGCAUGCCGCAUAGGGGCCGGCUUAACGUGUUGGCCAACGUCAUUCGUAAAGAUUUAGAGCAGAUCUUCUGCCAAUUUGACCCCAGCCUGGAAGCUUCAGAUGAGGGUUCGGGGGACGUUAAGUAUCAUCUGGGAAUGUACCACGAGAGGAUUAAUCGCGUCACAAACAAGAAGAUUACUUUGUCGCUGGUUGCCAAUCCUUCCCACUUGGAGGCUGUGGAUCCAGUGGUUCAAGGAAAAACGAAAGCAGAACAGUUUUAUCGAGGGGAUGUUGAAGGAAAAAAGGUGAUGUCCAUUUUACUUCAUGGAGAUGCGGCAUUUGCUGGACAAGGUGUCGUCUACGAAACGUUCCACCUCAGUGACCUCCCUUCCUACACUACCAACGGUACCAUCCAUGUUGUUGUGAAUAACCAGAUCGGCUUCACUACAGACCCUCGAAUGGCACGCUCUUCCCCAUACCCUACAGAUGUGGCGCGGGUGGUUAACGCGCCCAUAUUUCACGUGAAUGCAGAUGAUCCCGAAGCAGUUAUGUAUGUGUGCAACGUGGCUGCGGAGUGGAGAAACACCUUUCACAAGGACGUGGUGGUGGAUUUGGUCUCUUACCGUCGCAGCGGACACAAUGAAAUGGAUGAACCCAUGUUCACGCAGCCUCUCAUGUACAAACAGAUACAUAAGCAGGUCCCGGUGUUGAAGAAGUACGCCGACAAGAUGAUUGCCGAGGGCAUAGUUUCCUUACAAGAGUUUGAGGAAGAGAUAGCGAAGUACGACAAGAUCUGCGAAGAAUCCUAUACUCAAUCCAAAGAUAAAAAAAUUCUCAAUAUCAAGCACUGGUUGGAUUCUCCAUGGCCAGGAUUUUUCACUUUGGAUGGGGAACCGAAAAGUAUGACCUGUCCCCCGACUGGGAUACCUGAAGAUAUGCUUUUGCAUAUUGGCACUGUGGCCAGCUCUGUGCCCGUAGAUGACUUUAAAAUUCAUGGAGGGCUCUCUAGGAUUUUGAAAAGCAGAAUGGAAAUGACAAAGAACCACGUCGUGGACUGGGCGUUGGCGGAGUACAUGGCCUUUGGAUCGCUACUGAAAGAGGGGAUUCAUGUUCGUCUCAGUGGGCAGGAUGUGGAAAGAGGAACCUUUAGUCACCGGCACCACGUGUUACAUCAUCAGGAUGUGGACCGUCGUACUUGUGUCCCAAUGAACCAUCUGUGGCCGAAUCAGGCUCCGUACACCGUGUGUAACAGCUCGCUCUCUGAAUACGGGGUUCUGGGAUUUGAACUUGGCUUUGCCAUGGCAAGCCCCAACGCCUUGGUACUGUGGGAAGCUCAGUUUGGAGAUUUUCAUAAUACCGCCCAGUGCAUAAUCGAUCAGUUCAUCAGCUCAGGACAGGCCAAGUGGGUUCGGCACAAUGGGAUUGUCUUACUUUUACCCCAUGGAAUGGAAGGAAUGGGGCCCGAGCAUUCUUCAGCCAGACCCGAGAGGUUCCUGCAAAUGAGCAACGAUGACUCCGACGCUUAUCCGGACUUUACUCAAGACUUUGAAGUUUCGCAACUCUAUGACUGCAACUGGAUCGUUGUAAAUUGUUCUACGCCCGCCACUUACUUUCAUGUUCUAAGGAGACAAAUUUUGCUGCCGUUCCGAAAACCCCUGAUCAUCUUCACGCCAAAAUCUUUGUUGAGGCACCCAGAGGCCAAAUCGAGCUUCGAUGACAUGAAAACAGGUACAAACUUCCAGCGAAUGAUUCCUGAAAGAGGACCGGCUUCCCAGAAUCCUCUGGGUGUUAAAAGGGUCGUUUUCUGCACCGGGAAAGUCUAUUAUGAGCUUGUCAAGGAGCGACACCUUAAAGGCAUGGAUAAUCAAGUGGCAAUUACGAGACUGGAGCAGAUAUCCCCGUUUCCAUAUGAUCUGGUGAAGGAAGAGGUCGAGAAGUAUGCCGCGGCGGAGCUGGUGUGGUGCCAGGAGGAGCACAAGAACAUGGGCUAUUACGACUACAUAAAACCCCGCUUUCUGACCCUUCUGGACCACAAAAGACCCAUCUGGUACGUUGGCCGAGAUCCAGCCACGGCUUCGGCCACCGGGAAUAAGAACACUCACCUGGUAGAGUUACGAAGGUUUUUAGAUGCUGCCUUCUGCUUGCAUUCUUUUAAAGGGAAGAUAUUCUAAUGCGGUAGACCGAGGAACUCGAUUAACUUGGAAGAAUAACGUAGCGAUGAAUUAGUACAUUAUAUGAAUGCCUCCAAAUAAAUAACAUCGAUAUA